AUGGGGAACAGAGAACAGCAAAAUCAAACCACAGUGUCUGAAUUCAUCCUUUUGGGAUUUGGAGGGCUCUCUAACCUGCAGAUUCUUCUCUUCCUACUAUUCUUAGUGAUCUACUUGGCAACCAUGGCUGGGAACCUCCUCAUAGUUCUGCUAGUUGUGACUGAUCAAUGCCUUCACACCCCCAUGUACUUCUUCUUGGGAAAUCUGUCCUGCUUGGAAAUCUGCAUUAGUACUACCAUCCUGCCUAAAAUGUUGCUAAGCCUCUGGAUGGGGGAAAGAAGUAUAUCCUUCAAAGCCUGUUUCUUACAAUUUUACAUUUUUACUUGUGUGGGAGGUACUGAAUGCUACCUCCUCUCCAUGAUGUCUUAUGACAGGUAUUUAGCAAUAUGUAAACCACUCCAUUAUUCUACUCUUAUGAAUGGAAAGUUGUGUUUCCAGGUAGUAGCUGUGUCUUGGGUCAGCGGAAUCUUAAUCAGCACAAUCUUGACUUUGAAAAUAUCUUGGUUAUCCUUCUGUGGCCCUAAUGAAAUAGACAAUUAUUUUUGUGAUAUUAGUUCUGACAUCAGAUAUGUCUCCUGCAGUGAUACCCAUUUAUUUGAACUCUCAUCCUUCAUAUCUGCCAGUGUUCUUACCCUGCCUCCCUUUCUCCUCAUUUUUUCAUCUUACAUUUUCAUCAUAGUGUCUGUCCUUAGAAUCCCAUCCACCACUGGGAGGAAAAAGGCUUUCUCCACCUGUUCUUCUCACCUUAUUGUAGUUGCCUUGUAUUAUGGAACCAUCAUGCUCGUUUAUAUGGUACCAAGAUCCAGGAAUCUAAGAAGCAUAAAGAAAGUUUUCUCUCUCUUUUACACAGUGUUGUCUCCAUUGGUCAAUCCCCUGAUAUACAGCCUAAAAAAUAAGGAAGUGAAGGAGGCCCUGAGAAAGUGCCUAAAGAGAGUUAUGAAUUACAAGCCAAAGUGGGUUAAAGAACCCAGUGGGUUACAGAGCCCAUAUAAAGGGAACCUCAGCUAUGACCUAACCACCUACAUGAUUCUGCAAAUGUUCACAUCGUACUCAUAUUAUGAAAUUAUGGUAUGUGUUUCUGUUGUAACAGCUAUCUUCCCUAAAUAG